AUACAAACUUCUCACACACACACAAAUCGAAUUCAACAAACCAACAAACGAAAGAACACACACAUUGAAUGAUCUCCCUUUUCUUUGGAUUCACUCUCGCGCAAACACACACAACAAACAAAUGCAAAUAUAAUAUCUUUUUCUCAUUAAGUUGCUAACUUAUAGUAACAUCUCACCUAAUAAGAUCUAAACUUUAUCAAAGAUCUAAACUUUCUUCUCCAAUGUUCUUCUUCUGAUCUCCCAAAGCAAGAGAAUGGUGGAACCACUUCCGAUCACCAGGAGGCGCUUCCUCUCAUCCCACAAGUCCCUCGUCACCGUCUUCUGGAUCGCCGCCUUCGCCUCCUUAUUCAUCUGGCAAUCCCGCGGCAGAGGAGGAGCCUCUCUCUACCGCGUCAACGGCAGCCUCUCCUCUGUUUUCUGGUGGACAGCUACGACGACGACGACAACAACCUCCUCCGCCGACGCCGGAGAGUUCCCUCGGCUUAGACCCGUUUCCUUCAAUCUAACGGACUUCGGCGCGGUGGGGGACGGCGUCACCGUCAACACGGAGGCCUUCGAGAGAGCUGUCUACGCGAUCUCGAAGCUUUCGAAGAAAGGAGGUGGGCAGCUUAAUGUGCCUCCUGGGAGGUGGCUCACCGCUCCGUUUAAUCUCACUAGCUUCAUGACUCUGUUCCUAGCUGAGGACGCUGAGAUCCUUGCCGUUCAGGAUGAAACGUUGUGGCCUCUGCUUCCUCCUUUGCCUUCAUACGGCUAUGGAAGAGAGCAUUAUGGACCCCGUUAUGGAAGUUUCAUUCACGGACAGAAUCUAAAAGAUGUAGUCGUCACAGGAAAUAACGGAAGCAUCAACGGGCAGGGAGUUUACUGGUGGAAAAAGUAUCGCUCAAAGCUUCUAAACCACACAAGAGGACCACUGGUGCAGAUCAUGUGGUCAAGCGACGUUGUUUUCGCCAACAUCACUCUGCGCGACUCUCCCUUCUGGACACUUCACCCAUACGACUGCAAAAACGUCACAAUCACAAACAUGACCAUUUUAGCACCUGUCUUCGAAGCCCCAAACACUGAUGGCAUUGAUCCUGAUUCAUGCGAGGACAUGCUAAUAGAGAACUCCUACAUCAGCGUUGGAGACGAUGGAAUCGCAAUAAAGAGCGGUUGGGACCAGUACGGAACUAACUACGGACGUCCUUCAAAGAACAUACUCAUCCGCAACCUCAUCAUCCGCUCCAUGGUUAGUGCUGGCAUCUCAAUAGGAAGCGAGAUGUCUGGUGGAGUCUCCAACAUCACAGUCGAAAACAUUCUGAUCUGGAGCUCACGGCGUGGAGUCAGGAUCAAAACCGCACCGGGAAGAGGCGGCUACGUCCGCGACAUAACGUUCCGUAACGUCACGUUGGACGAGCUGAGAGUUGGCAUUGUGGUUAAAACCGACUACAACGAGCAUCCGGACGGUGGAUUCAACCCCCAAGCCUUCCCGGUGCUGGAGAACAUUAACUACACGGGGAUAUACGGUCAGGGAGUGCGCGUGCCGGUGCGUAUGCAGGGGAGCAAAGAGAUUCCGGUUAAGAAUGUAACGUUUAGGGACAUGUCGGUGGGGAUAACGUACAAGAAGAAGCAUAUUUUUCAGUGUGCUUAUGUGCAGGGGCGUGUGAUUGGGACUAUCUUCCCGGCUCCUUGUGAGAAUCUUGAUCGGUAUGAUGAGCAGGAGCAGCUGGUGAAGCAGUCUGAUUCUCAGAACGCAACGGAUAUAGAUUAUGAGAUCUGAGGGCUGGGUUUGAGUUUGAGUUUGGUCUUUUAUUUUGCUGAGGCUUAGUUUAAUUUUUUUAAAUGAUGGCUUGGUGUUACAGAAAAAUGGAACUAUGGAUCUUUUGGACAAGUCUUUGACUACUGAAUGUUAAUAUCUUUUACCAGGUGAAUUUUUGUUUCUU